UGUUCUCUUUGGCAGUAUGAGCGAGAAGCGAGGAUGUCCCUUUCAGCUGCUGAACCGUGCGCACAGAGACUACGGUGGUAGUGGUGGUGGAGGAUCCAAGACCUUCGGGCCAAAUGGUCAUGCCACCACCAGCCUUACCAACCUGGGACCGAGCCCCAUGGGUAGGAGGAGCCAAGGCAUGGGCACCAUAGACAGUGACAGGUCCCUGGCCCUGGAUGAGGCUGCCGCUGCUACUGCUGACAGUACACGCUAUUCUCCAGUUUCACUGAAACUGGAGCCCACAGCGGUGAAUAAUGGGUCAGACACUCCCUGCAGCCCGCAGACGGACACAAAGGACCCACCGCUGCAGAUCGCCGGCGGGCCCCCUGCCUACUGCCCUAACCCCCCUCUCCCUCCAGCCAGCCGGCUGCGCUCCACCAUACACUCCCAGAGCCCCUACGUCACCAAGACUAGCAUGCAGGGGGAUGUCUACAACUUCCUAGAGAGACCCGCUGGAUUGAGAUGCUUCCUCUACCACUUCUUGGUUUUCCUCAUGGUCCUGGUAUGCCUUAUCUUCAGUGUCCUGUCCACCAUAGAACACUAUGCCGAUUUUUCCAGCGGAACACUCUUUGUGAUGGAGGUUGUCAUGGUGCUGUUCUUUGGGACAGAGUAUGUGGUGCGGCUCUGGUCUGCCGGCUGCAGGAGCAAAUAUGUGGGGAUCAAGGGACGACUCCGCUUCAUCAGGAAACCCAUUUCUAUCAUAGAUCUGAUAGUGGUUAUUGCCUCCGUCGUAGUGCUGGGUGUAGGCUCCAAUGGCCAAGUGUUUGCCACAUCUGCUAUCAGGGGAAUCCGCUUCCUCCAGAUUCUACGCAUGCUGCACGUGGAUCGUCAGGGAGGAACUUGGAGGCUUCUUGGAUCGGUAGUCUUCAUCCAUAGACAGGAGCUGAUCACCACGCUGUACAUCGGCUUCCUGGGGCUGAUUUUCUCCUCCUACUUUGUGUACCUAGCGGAGAAGGAUGCUGUGGACGAGGAGGGAAAGACUGGCUUCUCCAGCUACGCUGAUGCCCUGUGGUGGGGCGUGGUGACGGUGACCACCAUUGGCUACGGGGACAAGAUUCCUCAGACGUGGAUAGGGAAGUGCAUUGCCUCCUGCUUCAGCAUCUUCGCCAUCUCCUUCUUCGCUCUGCCUGCAGGUAUACUGGGCUCGGGCUUUGCUCUGAAGGUGCAGCAGAAACAGAGACAGAAACAUUUCAACAGACAGAUCCCGGCUGCAGCCUCACUAAUCCAGACGCUGUGGCGCUGCUAUGCAGCAGAGAAACGAGAAGGCUGUCCCGCCACCUGGAAGAUGUAUGUCCUCACCGGAGACUACAUUCUCCCCAUGAACUCUGAAAACAACAACCCAAACCUCAGAAACAAGCGCACCAAGAGGAAACUGAAGAUGGUUCGUGACAAUGGCUCCCUGACCAUCCUUGGAGCGAGGAAGAUGUCCAUUCCUCAGAUCACCUUCGACCACAUCGAAGAUAACGACGAGAAGAAAGAGGUCCCCUUCUUUCUAGAAGAACCCCAAGGCAUCAUCCGGAUGUUCAGACAAACAGGCGUUCAGCACUCAUGGUCCUCUUUCAAUCUGAGCUGUCCUGCCUCUCCAGUUAAGAAAAACCUGGACGGGCCUUCCAUAGGCAUCUCCCGGGGCAACAGCUUGAGUGAUGACAUGGACUAUGUCAGCGAAGACACACCUUUACCCGUGGUGACAGACGCAUCACAUUUGUUGACCAGCCCGUUCAUGGCAAAGGUCCAGGACUCAGUCUCAACUCACCACUUGAAUUCAAGAAGGUUGUCUCACGCCCAAAAAUCUGCAAUCAAAGUACUUCGGAGAAUGAAGUACUUUGUGGCCAGACAGAAAUUUCAGCAAGCGAGGAAACCGUACGACGUGAGGGAUGUGAUGGAGCAGUACAACCAGGGACACCUCACCAUGAUGGUCCGCAUUAAGGAGCUACAGAGGAGACUGGACCAUACGUUGGGGAAACCAGGAAUGUUUCUGGCAGAGAAAGGUGUAGAUAAAGAAUACUACACUGUGGGAGCCAGACUGGUCCGCCUGGAGGACAAGAUGGACCAGAUGAGCCAUAAGAUGGAGGCGGUGCUGAAGAUCUUGGUGGACCAGUACAAACCCAAGGCAGAGCUGCUCCAGAGGGCCCCAGCCCCUCCACUCUCAGCCCCCUACAGCUCUCGCAUCAGCAUCAUGAGGCGUCAGAACAUGGGCAUCAGCUUGGACGAGGGACGGUGAUGUCACAGUGGGCAGACAGGCGCCAGGGAUGGAACCACCAGGGACUAGUAUGACCAACCGUGAGAUAUCAGUUGCAAUGAGAAGAUCAAUCAUUUUUAAAUUCAUUGUCAGCUGCUUGACCAGGAGGGCACAGACUCCAAUAAAGAAAAGGGAGCACUCUUCUUACCUUAUUAAAAAGAUGGUGUCAUUUGGCUACUUUUGCCCCCUGUUUUAUAACCCCCAAAACCUUUACAUCACUGUCUUUGACCGCUGACCUUAGAGAGAGAACGUGAACAACUCAGCUCCUGCUUCUGUUCUCCUCUGCUGAAGAGGCAUGCUUGUCUGAAAGUGAGGGCUAUAGAGAACUAUGAGAGGGGACAUGGCAGCAGUUUACUAACAGCUAGAGACGUACGGUGAUGCCGUCCAUCCUCCCUCCCCCAUCAUGGUGAAUGGGCAUAGAGAAGCUUCUUUCUCCCUCUUUAAUAUCAGCACUAUGAAAACAUACGCUGGGCCAAUUGUGUCGCCCCAUGGACCUCCCGGUCGCGGCCGGCUGCGACAGAGCCUGGGCUCAAACCCAGAGUCUCUGGUGGCACAGCUUGUACUGCAAUGCAGACCACUGCGCCACCCGGGAGGCUCUAAAACAUACUAGAGUCUUAGAAAAAAAGGUGCUAUCUAGAAGCUUAAAAGGGUUCUUCGACUGUGCCCAUAGGAGAACCCUUUGAAUAACCCUUUUUGGUUCUAAGUAGAACCCUUUUAGUUCCAGGUAGAACCAAAAAGGGUUCUCCUAUGGGGACAGCCGAAGAAUGCUUUUGGAACCUUUUUUUCUAAGAGUACUGAAACUUCCACAGCAUACAUUGUAGCGAAAGCAUACGUCAAUUCCAUUUUGUUUUACAAGAUUAGCCUGACACUUUCACUCCUCAGCACAUUAUCACGUAAGAUAUGAGAAUGUAUUCAACUGUGUUCAUUCAGUGAGGCACAUCCAAGCACUAAAAUAUUAUUUCCAAACCAUCACACGAAUGAUAUUAUUUGGCGAUUGUGCAGUCAAAGUGCUAAAGCACUUGCUAAAGGGUGCAGCACAGAGAAUGCGGAGACCAGCAAAGUUCAAAUCCUGAUCUUGGCACCAUUCAAACCAAAAUACAGCACCACUAUUUCUUUAUAGCCACCAAUUCUUCUCACCUUACUGUAUUUAGUUGCCGGCGUAUGGUUGUUAGUAGUAAUCGAGUGACAUAGAGAAGGACCAGGAGACUAUCUGUUGACUGUUGAUAGGGUCUGCCUCUGUUAGUGGCUGGGCCGAGGCUGCUAGAGCAGAGAAUAGUGGUGAAACAGCUCUGCAGGAACUAAUCUGCCGCUGAUUUACGGCUAUGGUUUAAGCUAAUAAAAAUAGCAGAACAGUCGUGACAAGGCAGAACUCAGUAUUACAGAAAUACAGUGAGGGAAAGAACAGUAUGGAGAGUUAUGGUAAGAAGUUAAAGUUGACUCAACACCCCGUGCCAAGAUUUUCACUAGGAUAUUCCAAUGAACCACUUCACCCCACCACCCAUCCUUCUCAAUGCUAAAACACUUUCAUUUUCCCUCUUUGGACUUAAACUGCAGUGUGCAAUUUGUAAUUAAUUUGCCCCAUUAGAGCACUAAUUAUUUAUCUGUCUAUUGCUAAUUAAGUGCUGAAUUCCUGGUAAGAGGAGUUAACAAUGUAUGUGAGUUGACUAAUGAAAAGGACACUGGAAAAUGUGUACAAUUUAAACAGUAGGCUUUGAAUGGCUCACUCCAUAAUUCAGUGUGAAGGUUCUGAAAUAUCAGGUUACCUCUAAGAGAGAGAGAGAGAGAGAGAGAGAGAGGGACGUACCAAGCUUCAGCUUCAGCUUUGACUUUAAAGCCCUUUAAAGCGUUGAAUAUAAUUAAUGUCUCUUUUUUUGUUCUCACUCCAUGUAUUUGUCGUACAGCCAGGACCCAGCUGGGUUUAGCCAGUUGAAAAUAGAGAACAAUAACUAAGCUAUGUGUGCAAUCCCUUCCAUAAUUAUAGUGUGCACAUUCCUCGAAAGAUGGCAACACAAAGGAGGGGUGAAACGAGAGAGAGAGGGGAGGAAGAGAAAAACACUGAACAAAAAUAUAAACGCAACAUGCAACGAUUUUACUGAGUCACAGUUCAUAUAAGAAAAUCUGUCAAUUUAAAUAAAUAAAUCAGGCCCCAAUUUAUAGAUUUCACAUGACAGGGCAGGGGCACCGUCAUAGGUGGGCCUGAUAGGGAAUAGGCCCAGCCACUUGGGAGCUAGACCUACCCUCUGAGGUGCCAGGCCCAGCCAAUCAGAAUGAGUUUUCCCCACAAAAGGGCUGUAUUACAGACAGAAAUACUUAUCAGUUCCAUCAGCUGUCUGGGUGGCUGGUCUCAGACGAUCCCGCAGGUGAAGCAGCUGGAUGUGGAGGUCCUGGGCUGACAUGGUUACACGUGGUCUGCGGCUGUGAGGCCGGUUGGACAUACAGCCAAAUUCUAAAAAAAACGACAUUGGAUUCGGCUUAUGGUAGAUAAAUUAACAUUAAAUUAUUUGGCAACAGUUCUGGUGGACACUCCUGCAGUCAGCAUGCCAAUUGCACACUCCCCCAAAACUUGUGUUGUGUGACAAAACUGCACAUUUAGAGUGGCCUUUUAUUGUCCCCAGCACAAGGUGCACAUGUGUAAUCAUGCUGUUUAAUCAGCUUCUUGAUAUGCCACACCUGUCCGGGUGGCUGGUCUCAGACAAUCCCGCAGGUGAAGGAGCAGAUUAUUUUGGCAAAGGAGAUAUGCUCGCUAACACGGAUGUAAACAAAUUUGUGCACAACAUUUUAGAAAAAUAAGCUUUUUGUGCGUAUAGAACAUUUCUGGGAUCUUUUAUUUCAGCUCAUGAAACAUGAGACCAACACUGUUGCGUUUAUAUUUUUGUUCAGUAUGUUUUAUUAUUUUGCCGUGGUUGAAGAUUUGGAAUAUGUAUUUUAUAUAACAGGCUGCUUUUUAAAGCCAGUUUCUUUGAGAUAAGUGCUUCACAUACUGGCUGUCUGACCAUUCUCCUGUACAGUUUUAUAAGAGUUGUAAAUAGCAACAUUGACUUAUCAUGUGGAACGAACGAUCAACCUGGGAAUACUCCUGGUCUGCAGAGUGAUGAUGAGAAAUAAAGAGAAGUGUUGUAAAAUGGAUUGGAAUGACUGUAAAUUAUAUUCACAACCCUCUGUAAAUCUGGUGUAAAUAAAAAUCCAUUUCAUUUUCUGGGCUCUCCUUGGGCUCAGUGUGUCUUG